CAUAAUAUACACAUAUACAUAAUAAACAAUUAGUAUUUUUUAUAGUGAGUAGUGUCGGCUAUAUGCUGUGUUGCCUUCGAAAUAUGCUAAUGUAGAUGUAACGGAGCUGUUCCCAGAUUUUCGCCAUGGAGAGGUUCAUUCUCAUCUCGGUAAAUAUUUUUCAGAUUCUUUGAGCUGGGCUUUGCCCAAUAUUUGGAAGAACGCGAGAAAGAAAUGGAAACACCGACCGUGAGCAGUAGGACACUUGGUUUCUCGAUGGAGAAUGAAGAUUUGGUGUACACUGUACAGCAGGUGGGAAAAUGACGUGAUAUGGGACGCGGAGGGUAUGAAGUCUAUUCCGAAACCUUCCAUCCUUACGAUAGAUCUGAACGAUGAGAAUAUUAUUCUUAGUGUUCCCAAUGACAUUGAUCGCUCUAAACAGUUGCAGCUAUUACCAGCGACGUGCCCUCCGAAACAUGCCUUAAAGUGGGUGUGCUAACCUCAUCGAGUAUUCCACUUCAGUUGUGGAGCUAAGGGUGCCAUGGUGACCCGUAUGGGCCCGGUACGCUUGAGGAAUUUCCACAGGCCGCCUUUGAAGAGGUUCUCCCACGGGUCCCUAUGCAAACCGAGGCCCUCGGAGCAUCAUGCCGCUCGUUGAGCACAUCAAAAGAAAAGGCGAAGGUCUAUGACGUGUUGCAAUACCUCGCGUCACUCGGCAAGGGGUGGUAGAGGCCAAUACGGACGUCGGAAUCAGGGAAGCGGAAAGCCAGAAAUCCGCAAUGAACGUCAAAUAUGCGACCGGUACGGAAAUCAAGGACAAUCCUAGAAUGUUCAUGCUGCAGAAAGCUAAUUUCGAUUAAGAAAUCAACACUGCUGGUGGUCGAGCGGAAAGAACAAAUAGAAAUAAAGGAACAGGAGGUCAAGUGGAAGGAAGGGGAACUGAACGCCACCACAGUGAGAUUGCCCGCUGAGGCAGAAAUUCAUCGUCGAAGGAAAGAGGACUCAGGUGGCAAAGAAUGCUCGGACAGAGAGCGAGAAGAUCAAGAUAAUAUGCACGGCCGAAGCCUCGGCGUUCGGCAGCAUCGGCAAUGCAGACACGGAGAGACUGAGGCAGGAAGCCGCCGUCUACGAGCAGUACGGGGCCGCUGCCAUUAUGACCCUACUUCUGGAGGCUCUUCCAAAGAUUGCCACCGAAGCGGUCGCUUCCCUUGCCAAGACAGAUGAGAUCGUGCUGAUAGGCGGUCAGGACAAUACGACUGCAGAGGUGUCUCGACUCGUGGGACAGAUACCGCCAGCCGUCAAUGCCUAAACAUAUGUUCAACUUUCUCCCUGUUCGCUAAAAUGUAUCCUAGAUGUUAAAAUUUAUUGUACUUUACCCAAGUGUGUGAAUAAUUAUUUUAAUAAAUGUAUACACAGUU